UUUUUAUUUCAUUUUAUAAGAAUAUGCGUUCAGUUGUUCAAUUUUUUCGUUCACAUCCUGAUUUAACACCUCUUCUUAUCAUUACUGGCUUUGGAUGUACGGCUGCAUUAAGUUUUCCACUUUAUUUGCUUAGAACACAUCCUGAAAUACAAAUUGAUAAAAAGAAUAAUCCUUAUCCCUGGAGACAUGUUAAACAACAUGAAAAUAUUAAGCUUAUUAAUGCUACUCCUGAUUUUUAUGAAUCACGUAAAAAUAUUAAAUAUCCUGAAUAUUAAACAUUUUUUUUUAUAAUAAAAAUAACAAUUUAAACAAAACU